ACAACGACAAUGUUUGAGGGAAACUACUGCACUUUAGUAACUUUCGGUACACUCUCCCACACAAAAUAAUUCGAAACACGACAUGAAGUCUGAAUUUUAUGGCAAAUAAGCGUGUGCAAAAGAGGUUGCUUAGAAAAGAGCAUUGCUAUGAAGAGCAAUGAAAGUUAGAAUCUCAUUUGUUUAAAAUAUUAUGUGGGAAAUAUAAAAAGUCAUUUAUCAAAACACAACAAAAAUGGUCGACGAGCAAGAACUUGAUGAUGAAAAUUUCUUGAGAUCUUUGGAUUUGGAUGAGGUAAUUGUGCCAGAAUUAAAAGAUCCCGUAAACGCUGUAAGUUCGUGGCAUAAUGAAGUGAGAUACCAUUGUGAUCAAUUGAUCACAAAAAUUCGCAAAAAGGAGGAAGAAGUAAAACAAAUGCUGGCACAAAUUGAAGAAUCUAAAGCUUCCAUGAUCAAGAAAGUUCAAGAGAGAGAAAAGGUUUUAGAAGACAAUUAUCAGAAAAGAUAUGCAGAAGUGGAAGAGAAAAAAGUAGAGUUUAAUAAGAGAAAAGAAGAAUUAGAGAAACAAUAUGCAUUAAAAAUUCAGGAAUUUGAAUCUGAGAAGGAACAGAUGAAUAAUCUUUAUGAAAUCCAAGAAGGCAAAGUCAGGCUGGAUGUUGGUGGACAUAUGUUUACAACGUCGAAGGUGACACUAUGUCGAGAUCGAGACUCGAUGAUUGCUGUCAUGUUUUCAGGAAGACAUAAUGUUAUAAAGUCCGACGAUGGUUCGUAUUUCAUUGACCGAGAUGGGACACACUUUCGAUACAUAUUGAAUUACUUGCGCGGCGUUAUAACCUCCCCUUCGGAUCUACCAGAAAAUAUAGCUAUAUUAAAGGAGCUUCGAUGUGAGGCAGAUUUUUAUCAGCUUGUUGGACUUAAAGAAAUGUUGAGCGAAGCUCUUGACAUUCCUGUGGACAAAAUUGACUAUACCCAAGAAGAAAUAACAGAGAUGAUGUCUACUUUGGUUCGUGGGGAUUCUACUGAUUCAGUCAAUAUGAACACUUCGUCUUUACCUUCGAACUAUUUGCAUGACAUCCCGACUAGUGGAGAAUACGAUCCAGUUGGAAGAGCUCACUUCGUUAGUCAGAAUAUGACCAAAUGCAGCUUGAAUUUUACUAAUAAAAGAUUAAAUGGAAUAUCAUUCGCCCAUUCGACAUUUUUUCAUAACGUGUCUUUUCGAAAUGCUUGUUUGGUUGGUGCGAGUUUUUAUGGGUGUGAGUUUGGCAUCGGUGUUCAAGUGAAUUUUAAUUAUGCUGACUUGACGAAUUGUGACUUUCGCCAGUGUAAAGGAAAAGAAGCCGGAUCUAAUAUGAAUUUUGGUCAUGGCGGAGGUCUCGUUAGUGGUUCUAGUUCGGAGACAUUUCUUCAAAUGGUCAAACAAGCCAAGGUUUCAUUUAAGAAAGCUAAAAUAGACGGUGCAUUAUUUGAUCCAAAACUUUUUGCAUAUUUGAAGGCAAUUAUUAAGAAAUAGAGCCACAAAGGAAGUAACAGAGCAGUGGUGUUGCAACUGCGAAAAUGUAAAAUAUUGUGUGGCUCAACUAAAGACUUUUUUUUUUCCAUUAAAGAAUCACUCUUUGAAAUUUCAAUAAACACGAUUAGAACUAGGGGUUUAGUAAUUGUUAAGGAGGGAUAAUAUUUUUGUAAAUUUUAGUUUCAAACAAAAUGCCCUUUAUUAUUUUACUACUGUGGAAACUUUGGGUUCUUAUUCGAAGACCGUUUUAAGUUUAAAUAUAUAUUAGUUGCUGUUA